GUUCUGCAGACUUAAGUUAGACCUCUGCAUUCCGUGCUCGAGGCCUGAAUUCUGUUCAGCUGCCCGCCAUGCGCACUGAGCUAUCAGCGUUCUCCUUCUUGUCUAUAUUUUUCCUCCUUCUAAUUUCACCCAGUCAAUGGAAAUCUGCCAGCGUUCCGAAUAUCUUGACUAUUGCUUGGUUGCUUGUCUGUAACAUCAUCCAUGCAGUCAACUCUUCGAUUUGGGCGGGCAAUGUAUUCGUCCACGUCCCAAUUUGGUGCGAUAUAGCAACAAAGGUUCUAUUAGGCGUGAUGAUUGCCGUACCAGGCGCCUUUCUCUGUCUUUGCCGUCGCCUGGAGAGAAUCUCCUCCAGAGACGAGACCCGACUUAAAGGGAAUAAGCAACACACAAGGGUUUUUGAAGCAUUCUUGUGUCUCUUUUUGCCCGUCGUCUACAUGGCUCUGCAUGUAAUUGUACAGGAUCACAGAUUUGACAUUGUUGAGGACUUCGGCUGCCAACCCGCAACCUUUAUGUCACUCCCUGCGUUGAUCAUCGUUUGGCUCCCUCCCUUAGUAAUCUCCGUCGUCGCAUUACUUUACUGCGUGUCUGCGUCAAUAAACGUUGCCAAAAGUCGUUACAACUCUUGGCCUCUUUUCCCUUCAGCACCUGAGAUGUCAUUGUCCUUGUUCGUUCGUCGAGUCGUCUUUGGGGUCACAGGGAUGACAUAUACGGUGGUCGUGUAUGUCUUCAUCUCGUCCACAGUAACUCUCAGUGCUUGGUCGUCAAUCUCCGACGUUCAUGCACAGUUCUCGAAGAUCGAGAUCUUGCCUCUUGGGUCGGCCGCAGGCACACAGAAUGAGCUAAUCUGGUGGGCUAUACCGCUUUGGACUAUACUCAUAUGCAUUACCUUCGCGUUUGAAGAAGAGAUGGCACAGAAUUAUCGCUCUCUGAUUAACUGGAGUUUCCGGCGCAUUGUCGGAAGAGAUAUCCUUUCUGUAAGAUCGAAAUAUGACGACAUGAUUACUACCACGUCCACAACACCCAUUCACUUGCUGAAGUCAGGUUGGGACGACACGCUCAAUACAAAAUCUUCCAUAUUUACCCUCAAGCAGAAGCGUAGCGUCUUCGCGCAAAAUACGUCUGCUUUGACUCUCUCAACGCUGAGUCCUCCAGCGUCUCCGGAAGCGGAUGCUUCAUUCACACAGUCCACUCUUACAUACCUCGAAUCAGAUACUGCGCGUCAACUUUGUCUCCCGUCCCCGCCUCCGACCUCCCAGUCACAGAUCCACUCAUCGUCCACUUCAUCACCAAUUGACACGCAGGAUCGUGUCAUCAUACCGCCUUCUCAUUCAACUGAAGCCCCGAUACCUACCUCACCCUCCGAGUCUAUGCUUUCCUCUGCUGCGUGGCCCGAACCGCCCAGAACUAUUCCUUCGCCCCAACGCAUAGCCCCAUCAUCCGCUGACACCCGUGCCAACGCCUCCUCUGUUGCAGGCCCCGCCUCAGCAUUCUCACAUCCUUACGCAUAUGCGACACCCUCGAGCCCCACGCGCUCUGCCUCAUCUGCGCUCAGCGCAAUGUCGUCUGGACGCCUUGACUUGUUUGGCUACCCACUUCUUCCCAUAGCCCGCCCUGCUCACCAGAUGCGUGACAUCCCCUUGAAUGUUGCCGGUCCGAGCAUGAUGCCUAUUCCGAAUCCAAACCCUCUGCCGCGACGAUAUGCAAGCGUACCGCGCUCGACCAGAGAGCAUCAGCAUCGUUCUUCGAAGAAGGCUAGGAAAUUAGCGGGAAUCCAUAUGACUGUGGUGAAGGAAACGGUCUGAGUAUCUCAAAGGUUUGAAUAUUAAGAGAAAUUGGCGAUCGAUUCGCUCCUGAAACGGGAUUAUAAUGCUCUAUGAUGCCUCGCUAUUUAUGCAGAUUUAUGCCUUUCACUAAUCGUCUUCUGCGUAUGAGUAUACUUCACGUUAUCAAUGUCCUUUCUCAUCCCAGUGUAUCGUUCUACAUCUCUACUUCAUUGGUUUUCAUCCUGACAACUUCUGUAUUUAUUCCAUCUCCGAAUGUAUCAUAUGCUUGCCUCGAGAUAUAUUUUCUGUCACUU